CUUAGCGGCCUGGUAGCUUUUUCGUCGUUGUUUCCAUUUCCCAUUCUUCACUCUUUUCCCGGGUCUCGUUUGACCCUGGCGAAGCUACGGGCGGAUUUGUCCCGGGGCCUCCUCGCAAGCGUAAGGCUAGUGCCCGGGAUCCGCGCGCGCACCUUCUCUUCGUCGUCGUCUUCCCGGGGUCAGGCGCGGGGACGAGAUUCGCCUCCCCGCUCCUCGGAGCGGUGGUGGCGGUGGUACCUCUGGACAGCGCUUGCGAAGGGAGGUCGUGGAGGAGUAGUACAAAAUGUCAAAAAUUAGAAGGAAAGUCACAGUGGAAAAUACCAAGACCAUAUCUGAUAGCACAUCCCGAAGACCCAGUGUAUUUGAAAGGCUUGGACCCAGCACUGGCAGUACAACAGAGACUCAAUGUCGUAACUGGCUGAAGACUGGCAACUGUCUAUAUGGAAACACUUGUAGAUUCGUGCAUGGCCCUUCACCCCGUGGUAAAGGUUAUAGCAGCAGUUAUAGAAGGUCACCAGAAAGACCUACAGGGGAUCUCAGAGAAAGAAUGAAGAACAAGCGUCAGGAUGUGGACACUGAGUCCCAGAAACGAAAUACAGAGGAUUCAUCCUCACCUGUUAGGAAAGAAUCUUCAAGAGGGAGACAUAGGGAAAAAGAAGACAUAAAAAUCACUAAGGAGAGGACUCCAGAAAGUGAAGAAGAAAAUGUAGAAUGGGAAACCAAUAGAGAUGAUUCUGACAAUGGAGAUAUUAAUUAUGAUUAUGUUCAUGAAUUGUCAUUGGAAAUGAAGCGUCAGAAAAUACAGAGGGAAUUAAUGAAACUGGAACAAGAAAACAUGGAAAAGCGAGAAGAAAUUAUUAUUAAAAAGGAGGUUUCACCUGAAAUUGUUAGAUCAAAAUUAUCUCCAUCACCUUCUUUAAGAAAGUCUAGCAAAUCUCCGAAGCGAAAAUCAAGCCCUAAGUCAUCAUCUUCAGCUAACAAGAAGGACAGAAAGACUACUACAGUAUCUUCUCCUUUGUUGGACCAGCAGAGGAGUUCAAAAAGCAACCAAAGUAAAAAGAAAGGACCUCGUACUCCUAGUCCACCUCCUCCUAUGCAGGAAGAUAUUACUCUGGGAAAGAAAUACAAAGAAAAAUAUAAAGUAAAAGACAGGAUAGAAGAAAAACCAAGAGAUGGAAAGGACAGAGGACGUGAUUUUGAAAGACAAAGAGAAAAAAGAGAGAAGCCCAGGUCUACUUCCCCAGCAGGACAGCAUCAUUCUCCUAUAUCUUCUAGGCAUCACUCAUCUUCCUCGCAAUCAGGAUCAUCUAUUCAAAGACACUCUCCUUCUCCUCGUCGAAAAAGAACUCCAUCACCAUCUUAUCAGAGGACAAUAACUCCACCAUUAAGACGCUCUGCUUCUCCUUAUCCUUCCCAUUCUUUGUCUUCUCCUCCAAGAAAGCAAAGUCCCCCAAGACACCGCUCUCCAAUGCGAGAGAAAGGGAGGCAUGAUCAUGAACGAACUUCACAGUCUCAUGACCGGCGUCAUGAAAGGAGGGAAGAGACUAGAGGAAAAAGGGAAAGAGAAAAAGACACAAGGGAAGAACGAGAGUAUGAACAAGAUCAGAGUUCUUCUAGAGACCAUAGAGAUGACAGAGAACCUCGAGAUGGUCGGGAUCGGAGAGAUGCCAGAGAUACUAGAGACCGAAGGGAACUAAGAGACUCCAGAGACAUUCGGGACUCCAGAGAAAUGAGAGACUACAGCAGAGAUAAUAAAGAGAGCCGUGAUCCAAGAGAUUCUCGAUCUGCUCGUGAUGCUCACGAUUACAGGGACCGUGAAAGUAGAGAGGUUCAUCGAAAGGAGGAUACGUAUCAGGAAGAAUCCCGAAGUUAUGGCAGAAACCAUUUGAGAGAAGAAAGUUCUCGUACUGAAAUAAGGAGUGAUUCCAGAAAUGAGUCUCGAAGUGAAAUUAGGAAUGAUCGAAUGGGCAGAAGUAGGGGAAGAGGUCCAGAGUUACCUGAAAAGGGAAGUCGAGGCACAAGAGGGUCUCAAAUUGAUAGUCACAGUGGUGGUAGCAACUAUCAUGACAGCUGGGAAACUCGCAGUAGCUAUCCUGAAAGAGACAGAUACCCUGAAAGAGACACUCGAGAUCAAGCAAGGGAUUCUUCCUUUGAGAGAAGACAUGGAGAGAGGGAUCGUCGUGACAACAGAGAAAGAGAUCAAAGACCAAGCUCACCAAUUCGACAUCAGGGAAGGAAUGACGAGCUUGAGCGUGAUGAAAGAAGAGAGGAACGAAGAGUAGAGAGAGUGGAUGAUAGAAGAGAUGAAAGGGCCAGAGAAAGAGAUCGAGAGCGAGACCGAGAACGGGAAAGAGAGAGGGAGCGAGAGCGGGAUCGGGAAAGAGAGAAAGAAAGAGAACUAGAAAGAGAACGUGCUAGGGAACGUGAGAGAGAAAGAGAGAAAGAGCGGGACCGUGAAAGAGAGAGAGACCGCGACCAUGACAGAGAGAGGGAGAGGGAAAGGGAUAGAGACAGAGAAAAAGAACGGGAACGAGAGAGAGAAGAAAGGGAAAGGGAGAGAGAGAGAGAACGGGAGAGGGAGAGAGAACGAGAGCGGGAACGAGAAAGAACUAGAGAAAGGGAUAAAGAAAGAGAACGUCAGAGGGAUUGGGAAGACAAAGACAAGGGACGGGAUGAACGCAGAGAAAAGCGAGAAGAUAUCCGCGAGGACAGGAACCCAAGAGAUGGACAUGAUGAGAGAAAGUCAAAGAAACGCUAUAGAAAUGAGGGAAGUCCUAGCCCUCGUCAGUCACCUAAGCGCCGGCGAGAACAUUCUCCCGACAGUGACACCUAUAACAGUGGAGAUGAUAAAAAUGAAAAACAUAGACUCUUGAGCCAGGUUGUUCGACCUCAAGAGUCUCGUUCUAUCAGUCCAUCACACCUUAUAGAAGACAGGCAGGGUAGAUGGAAAGAAGAUGAUCGUAAACCAGAAAGAAAAGAGAGUUCAAGACGUUAUGAAGAGCAAGAGCUCAAAGAGAAAAUUUCCUCUGUAGAGAAGCAGAGAGAACAGUUAGAAAUCACAGAAAGCUCAAGAAUUCGUCAACAAGACAUGAUAGGACACCACCCAUCUGAAGAUCGAGAUGCAUCUGAUCGAGCUCAUGAUGAAAACAAGAAAAAGGCAAAAAUGCAAAAGAAACCUAUUAAGAAAAAGAAAGAGGAUGAUAUUGGAAUAGAAAGAAAUAAUACCGAGACAUCUGAAGAUGGUCAAGUAUUUUCACCAAAAAAAGGACAAAAGAAGAAAAGUGUUGAAAAAAAGCGUAAAAGGUCCAAAGGUGAUUCAGAUAUUUCUGAUGAAGAAGCAGCCCAACAGAGUAAGAAGAAAAGAGGGCCACGGACGCCCCCUAUAAUAGCCAUAGAGGAAAUGGUUGAGCUUUCCAAUGAUAAGGAUGGCAGUAUGACGGAUUCUCAGAAAAAGGAAGAUACAGCAUUCAGUGACUGGUCUGAUGAGGACGUCCCUGACCGAGCAGAGGUAACAGAACCGGAGCAUGCCGCCACAGCUGUUACUCCUGGGCGAACUCCUUCUCCAUCUUCCCUUCUUCCUCCUCCUCCUCCUGCCACUGUUUCAUCCACUAAUGCUACCACAACCUUCAGCACAUCUACCACCAUUUCUGCCUCUGCCAUCUCCACCAAUACUACUUUUAGCAGUGAAGACUCACACAGAAAAUGCCAUAGAACACGAAUGGAAAAAGUCGAGGCACCUCAUGUUACUAUAGAAGAUGCACCACAUCGCAAGCCAGUUGAUCAAAAGAGGAGUAGCAGUCUAGGGAGCAAUCGGAGUAAUCGUAGCCACACAUCUGGUCGCUUACGCUCCCCAUCCAAUGAUUCUGCCCAUCGAAGUGGAGAUGACCAAGGUGGUCGAAAAAGAGUACUUCAUAGUGGCUCAAGAGAUAGAGAAAAAACAAAAAGCAUGGAGAUAACAGGAGAGAGAAAAUCUAGAAUUGACCAGUUAAAGCGUGGAGAACCCAGUCGAAGUACUUCUUCAGAUCGCCAGGAUUCCAGAAGCCAUAGUUCAAGAAGAAGUUCUCCUGAGUCAGAUCGACAAGUCCAUUCAAGAUCUGGGUCCUUUGAUAGCAGAGAUAGGCUUCAAGAACGAGAUCGAUAUGAGUAUGAUAGAGAGCGGGAGAGAGAAAGGAGAGAUAUAAGGCAGAGAGAAUGGGACCGGGAUACUGAUAAAGAUUGGCCAAGGAACAGGGACCGAGAUAGAUUGCGGGAACGAGAGAGAGAACGAGACAAAAGGAGAGAUUUGGAGAGGGAAAGAGAGAGACUAAUUACUGAUUCUAUGGAAAGGGAUCGGGACAGAGACAGAACUUUUGAGAGUUCUCAAAUAGAAUCUGGGAAACGCAGUGAAGCCAAACUGGAAAGUGAACAUGAAAGAGAACUAGAAGGCACCUCAAGGGACUCUCUAACUUUGGAUAAAGAAAGACUGGAUAAAGAUCUAGGAUCUGUGCAGGGAUUUGAAGAUAUAAAUAAAGCUGAGAGAACAGAGAGCAUGGAAGCAGAUGAUGAAUCCAAGUUAGAUGAUGCACAUUCAUUAGGAUCUGGUGCUGGAGAAGGAUACGAACCAAUAAGUGAUGAUGAGCUAGAUGAAAUUUUGGCAGGUGAUGCUGAAAAGAGAGAAGACCAACAGGAUGAGGAGAAAAUGCCAGAUCCGUUAGAUGUGAUUGAUGUAGACUGGUCUGGUCUUAUGCCAAAGCAUCCAAAAGAACCACGGGAGCCUGGGGCUGCACUCUUAAAAUUCACACCUGGAGCUAUUAUGCUGAGAGUUGGAAUUUCUAAAAAACUGGCAGGUUCUGAACUCUUUACCAAAGUCAAAGAAACAUGUCAGAGACUUUUAGAAAAACCCAAAGAUGCAGAAAAUCUUUUUGAACAUGAAUUGGGGGCUCUGAACAUGGCUGCAUUACUACGAAAAGAAGAAAGAGCAAACCUUCUUAGUAAUCUAGGACCAUGUUGUAAAGCAUUGUGCUUCAGACGGGAUUCUGCAAUCAGAAAGCAGCUUGUUAAAAAUGAGAAGGGCACUGUAAAACAAGCUUACACAAAUGCGCCAAUGGUAGAUAAUGACUUACUACGACUGAGUCUUCGAUUAUUUAGGCGGAAGGCUAUUUGCCAGGGUCCAGGACAUGAAAAGACUGAAGAAAACAAACUGUCACAGGCCAGUAUCCAGCAGGAACUCUGUGUGUCUUAAAAUGAACCUUGGUGACAUUUCUGGUACUAUCUUCCUUCAGAAGUGCAUAUUCCUUGUAUGACAAGCAUUGUUAGUGAAAAAGGCUCAAAAGAUUCAUUAGUCAUGCUAAGCAUGAAGAACUGGACAUAAAAGUUAAAGACAGACUAGGUUGUGUAACUUUAGAUUUUACACACAUCCUUGAUAUUCACACAAAACAAUGUGAAUGCAUCUAGAGUGAACAAUUCUGUAGGUUUGGAGAAACUGGAGUACUUACAAAUAGUUUUUAUGAAGGGGCCACUGACUUUGUUUUGGUUCAUCACCAUAGAAACUAAGAUUUUAUUCUGCAGCAUGAGACACUUGAAACAAUGUUCUGUGCUGUAGCAGAUCUCUAAAGAGGAAGGUGUCAGAAUACUUUAGGAAGGAUUUAAAAAAGUUACUGAGAGAAUCUAAGUAUAUGUGCAUUGUUACCCUGUAUAUUGGAUUUUUAAAUGGUUGUUUGUUAUCAGAGACUGACUACUAUUUUUAUUUUUAAUAAAUGUACCUUCCCUUUUCUUGUUCUGGAUUUAGUUUGUUCUUUAUUACCUGUUUUCAAGCUGAAGUACUUAUUUGACAUCUGUAAGUAAAGAAUUUAUCUGAGUUUCAAAAUCCUAUCAUCUAUUCUCAGUGAAAUAAGCUGGAAGGGAAAAAAUUUAGCAGAUGAAUAUGGGAACCAAAUAAGGGAUCAGGGGGGAAAAAAAGUCACCAAGCAACUAUAAAUCAGACAAAUACUAUGAUGAUGGUUCAUGGGUAAAUUGAUUGUGGGAAUUUCUUCUGAAAGAAGGCAUACAAGCAUACAUUGUACAAAAAUGAACAAAUAUGAAGGGAAAAAAAACUAAACAUUAAAUAGAAAUUCCUACAUUUUUUUUUAGGUUGUUGCUUUUGAUUAAGAUGUUAGUCAAAUUAUUUAUGUACACAUUUAACUCAUGAAAAGACUUCCAAGCUACAGAACUUGGAGGCAGAGAAUACUUAAAUGAAAUCAAGCAAAAUUACAAUUUGACCAUUGUGUUUCACGGCUAUUUUAAAACUGUAAACCUGUUGUUACCC